ACGAGAGUGUAAGCUAGGUGGCCGCACGAUCACAUUUAUCGCGCCGAAGCUGUGCCAGACGCACAUGGGAUCCGUCCUGCGUACCGGGGGAUCUUCAGCACCCGCAGCCGAGCGGAGGGCACCGUCAGCCCGGUCAGGAGGAGCGCUCAGCCUGCCUGGACUCUUCCGCUGACGCAAAACAAACACACAGACACACACACAAACACACACACACGCAGAACAAACACUACACAUUUCGGAGGUGAUAUUCUUCCUUCCUGAGACACAAAGUGUUAUUUAUUUAUAUCGUAUGCGAGCCUGACAGUCAGCCGCGGCGGACAAACUGCGUGUUAGCGCGGGGAGGUCGGACUUGUUUGGCAGGGGAAACACACUGAAACACACGCGAAAAGACUCCCGUUCUGUCGCCCCCCUUCUUUUAUUUCCUGUCAGUUUUUUUUCUUCUUCUUGCGAUUUAUUUCCUGCUGCCAAAACCAGGAACCCGGGACUGAGCCCUUACUCCGAGGAUGAAAGAAAACUAGAUUUGCGAUCGAGGCUUUGAGGUUGUUUUACUGGAUUUAUUUCGCUGUGGAGGAAAAGCGAUCCGGGAGCGGAGCGGUGCGCAAAAAAGCCGAGGUCUUCCUCCUCUCUUCUCUCCCUCCUUUCUAUCUCUCCAUCUAUCAAUCUGUCUACCCAUCCUCUUCUAUCUAUCUGUCUCUCCAUUUGUUUCCAUGUUUUUAGGUCCGUGCGAUUUUGCUAAAAUGCAUCAUCAACAGCGGAUGGCAGCUUUGGGAACAGACAAGGAACUGAGUGACUUACUGGAUUUCAGCGCGAUGCGAAACAGCGAUUUGAAAAUGUUCCCAACAUCCAUGAUGUUUUCCCCUCCUGUUAGCAGUGGAAAGAACGGGCCAACCUCCCUGGGGAGCGGACAUUUCUCCGGCUCAAAUAUGGAGGAGAGGACGGGUGCAGCAUCAUGGGCGAGUGGAAGUCGUUCUUCCAAGAGUUAUGCUGAUGGGUCUCAGUAUAUGACGUCACAUGACAGCCUCUCACCUCCGUACACCAACUCCAGGGUAACAGGUAAAACAGAGAGGAGUUUGUACUCAUAUGGCAGAGAGUCCAACCCACACUGCCAUCAGUCCAUACUGGGUGGUGGUGAGUUGGGCUUGGGGAGUCCCGGUGCGGCGUCACCCACUAAGCCGGCCGGUCAGUACUACCAGCACUACAGCUCCAACCCGCGGAGGAGAACGCUGCACAUGGACACCAUGGACAUUCACACAAAAAAAGUGCGGAAGGUCCCUCCUGGCUUGCCGUCCUCGGUGUACGCUCCGUCUGCCAGCACAGCCGACUACAACAGGGACUCACCGGGUUAUCCCUCCUCCAAACCUCCCAGUGCUGGCUUCCCAAGCUCUUUCUUUAUGCCAGAUGGUCACCAUAGCGGCGACCCCUGGAGCAGCAGUAGCAGCAGUAUGAGCCAGCAAGGUUACCACGGCAGCAUGCUAGGUGGCGGGAAUUCAGCCCACGGCGCUGCUCAGAGCUCCUCCUACUGCGGGAUUCACCCUCACGACAGACUGAGCUACCCGUCUCACUCGUCUGCAGAUAUCAACUCCAGCCUUCCUCCCAUGUCCAGCUUCCACAGAGGGGGAGGUGGUGGGGGCGGGGCAAAUCACUACAGCACCGCCUCUUGCACUGCCCCUACCAACGGAACAGACAGCAUCAUGGCUAACCGAGCACAGAGCGCAGCAGCCAGCAGCUCUCAGACAGGAGAUGCCUUAGGGAAAGCACUCGCAUCGAUCUAUUCUCCUGAUCACACGAACAACAGCUUCUCUUCCAAUCCCUCCACCCCAGUCGGAUCCCCACCCUCCCUCACAGCUGCCAGUUCAGCCGUCUGGUCGAGGAAUGGCGGGCAGGGAGCAUCAUCGCCAAACUAUGAGGCUCCACUGCACUCUCUGCAAAGUCGCAUCGAGGACCGCCUAGAGCGUUUGGACGAUGCCAUUCAUGUACUGCGGAGCCACGCGGUGGGACCGUCAACGGGUAUGGCCAGCGGUCAUGGAGACAUGCACGGCCUCAUCGGGGCCGCACACACGCACAACGGCGCCAUGGGUGCUCUGGGCAGCGGAUAUGGAACGGGGCUGCUAUCGGCUAACAGACACUCCCUCAUGGUGGGCUCUCACAGAGAAGACGGCGGCAGCGUGGGUGGUUUGCGUGGAGGACAUUCGAUGGGGGGUCAGGUGCCGGUUCCUCAGCUGCCGGUUCAGUCAGCCACCUCGCCGGACCUCAGCCAGCCUGACCCGUACCGUGCUCUGUCCGGAGGCCUUCAGGGCCAGAGCACCUCCUCCGUAAGCUCGGAGAUCAAGUCUGAGGACGAAGGAGACGAGAACCUCCUGCAGGACUCGAAGCCCCUGGACACCAAGAAAGAGGACCCCGACAGCAAGGAGCUCAAAUCUAUUGAGAGGUCAAGAUCUAGCAACAAUGACGAUGAGGACCUGACUCCAGAGCAGAAGAUGGAGAGAGAGAGGGAGCGAAGGAUGGCCAACAACGCACGGGAGCGUCUUCGCGUCCGCGACAUCAACGAAGCAUUCAAGGAGCUCGGCAGGAUGGUCCAGCUGCACCUGAAAAGCGACAAACCUCAGACAAAGUUGCUGAUCCUGCACCAGGCCGUGGCUGUCAUCCUCAGUCUGGAACAACAAGUCCGAGAGCGAAACCUGAACCCAAAGGCGGCCUGUCUGAAGCGCCGCGAGGAGGAGAAGGUCACCGUGACAUCAGACGGGACUCCCCUCUCACUGGCCGCAGCGCACCACUCCGCCGCCACCAUGGGUGAUGGGCCGAACCCCAUGGGACAAAUGUAAAACGCAGCAACAUCUCCUCCCCCCUGAAUGGUCCAAGGUGCCAGAGUUCAUCAAGAUGAUGAGUGACCACUUCCUCUGAAGGCAUUUCCAUGACAACCUGGCAAUCGAUCAAAACUGUUGUUGCUUCAGCCUGACCAAUCAGUUUCUCUGGAACCCCAACCUGACCAAUCAGAUCAGCCUUUUUCUCUCCACUCGUCUGUCGUCUCUGACCCUCCUCUUUGUCAUCGUCUCCUUCUUCUAUCAAGAACACAAACUGCAGAGUCACGUUAGUUGCUUUCGUCACUUUGCAUCUCCAGCUGAAGUGAACUGGAUGCUUCUUUGCGGAGACCUAAAAAAAUGGCCGCUGUGACAUGGCUGCUAUGAAGCGGCAGCUUUUGACACAAAGUGACAGCAAUGGACAAGUCUUUGGAAUCACACCAUCGAAGAAACUUCUUCUUGUGCUACAUGUUUUAUCAGCAUUCCCAGUUUUAAAGAACAAAAGGGUUCUAUAUAAAUAUAUAUAGUAUAUAUAUAUAAUUAUAUAUAUAUAUAUAUGAGAAAAGGAAAAAAUAAUAAAAAAUUUAUACUGCACGCGGGCAGUGAGGAGGGAAGGGGUUGGGGAGGGAUGUUCAGAAUGACACAAAACAUAUCACAAAGUGUUUAAAGAGAUUUUUUGUAACAAAAGCAACAUUGCGCAGCUGUUGUUGAAUGCAGCUCCAGCGCAUCUCUGACUGAAUGGCAGUCUAACGCCACACUGUGGAUGAAGCUGUGCCUGAUCUCCUCUUGGAUGCAAACCAGUCAGAUAGAUACACACGGAGAAACAAAGGAAACAAAACUAAGAAAUGAGCACAGGCUGCAUACUCAGACACAAACAGUAAGCAAAUUUCCAACUAUAAAUCAAAAUGAAGAAAACAUUAGGACACCAAAUGUGUUGCAAUCAUGCAGCUUUUCAGAGGUGCUUGAAUUGCUGACUGAUUUGAAUGAAAACUUUUGCCAAUGCUUGACUAUCAGAGGCAUCUAGAAAGAAGCAGGGCCAACAAGACGUUACGACUUCUUCCCUUUCUAAUGCAUUCCCUUAAAAAGUGCAAACAUUUGCAUUGUCAGUGUAAAAGAACCUGAACAUUAGUGCUCCUUGCUGGUGCACACAUUGAGUUUGUGGAGACUGCAAACUUGUGUAAAGUUAUUGUGUGAACACAAAUCCAAAAGCCAGGAUAUUUGUACCCAAAUGACCCGUGUGUAUCUACUGGGAGGAAGAGAGUUCUUAAGGGAAUCAAUCACUGAAUCAGUCAAUCAGCGAGUGACUCCAGAGGGACUGGGGAAUAUUGACGAAUUACAAUGGAUAGACAGAAAAGAAAAAUGAUGCAGAAAUAGGAAAACUGUACUGUUAAAUGUGGCAGGAAGGAAAGGCUUUCAUGGCAUCCUCGUAUUAGAUUGUUGUUGUGGGUUCAAAUUACAGAAA